UUGUAUUUAUUUAUUGGAUGUAGAUCUGGUCUAUGUGUGUCUGUUUUAAUCCACUUGAUCUUGUGCAUUUGUUUUUUUCAGGAAGAACCCAGGUUUAAAAAUUUCGUGGAUGGAUACAGAAGACUUACACCUGAUGAGUUGGCCAGAUUUUCCAAAAUCAACCCUAAAGCUGGCUAUUUUUAUACAUCAGUGCAAGUUGAAGUGACUCCCUACUUACACUGGCUAAUGAGAAGGUUCAAAGAGAAUGGCGGUAAAGUCCGAAAGGCAAAAAUAACAAAUCUUAAUCAAGUUGCUCAGGACUGUGAUUUGAUUGUUACUUGCUGCAGUCUGGGAGCUCGAGAACUCCUUCAGGAUAAAGAGAUAGGCCCUACUCGAGGUCAAGUCAUAAGAGUUAUAGCACCUUGGGUGAAACAUUUUUACUUUUACAAACCAAAGAGUGGAAUGGCUGACUACUCCUACAUCCUACCAGGCACAAGUGAAAUAGUUGUGGGUGGUACAGCCCAAAAGGGAGACUGGAGAACCACUAUAGAUGAUCAAGACUCCACUAAAAUCUGGGAGACAGCAUGCCAGGUCAUGCCUGUGUUAAGUAAAGCAAAAAAAGUGAGGGAAUGGGCAGGUCUGCGACCUUCAAGAGAUAAUGUAAGGCUGGAAAAAGAAAUCAUUCAAGUUGGAGAUAAGAAAAUGAAGGUUGUUCACAAUUAUGGAUUUGGUGGCUCAGGUAUCACCAUUCACUGGGGCUGCGCUCUGGAGACAGCCAAGAUGGUAUUGGAACUGUUGGGAUGCCAAGCGUCUAGUGUCAACUCAAGACUUUAACAUGGGUCUCAACUUGCCCAUAUUAUGGAUUCAUUCACUGAUACAAAUGAGUCAUAGGGGAUCACAACCAAGUUUGCUUUUAGCAGUAAGAAAAAAAAAAAGCAUUUAAAUAAAGGUUGAAUAUUCUUCAAAUAUAUUUUUUAAAAUUCGAAAGAACUAAUAUAAUCAGUUCUUUCAGAACUUAAAACAAUAUUGUAGCUUAAUUAUAUCAUAUACUAUUUAUCUGUGCAUUUAUUAUCAUGGGCUAGGAUAUUUGUAUUUUAUUUGACAGAAAAGGCCAAACUUAAAGAUCUUUUAUACAGCUUAUAAUGUGUAGAUCUAUAUCAUCUUGUAAAACAUAAUAUCAUUUUGCUGAAACAAAUAAUUUGUAUCGCUGAGUUAAAAUUAUGUUGUUGUACCUAGCUAUUAACACAGUCAUUAAAAAUGUAUUAUUUUAAUCAAGUGUCUCCAACUAUGGUUUACAACAUGUGCUAGAUUUUUUAUUAUCAUUAUUGUAAAUUUAUCAUAUACACAAUUUUCAGUUAGUUCAUGUCAGUAAUUUUUCAUUCUGUGUAUAAUAUUUGAUGAGCAAUUUUAGCAUAUAGGCAGAAUUCUUUUGAUGGAGAUAAAGUAGUUUUCUAAGAAAACGGUUACAAAAAAAAAUGUUACUUGAUUCAAGAUUUAAGAGCAAAGACAAUUUUGGUGCAACAAAAAUAUUUUUUUUUUUUAAAUUACACCUUAUAUACUUACUGGUAUCCAUGUUUUCAUCUAGUCAUUCUUGUUAAUUUGUACAUGCAUGUCAUAUCUCCAGUUACUUAUAAAGAAAGAAAUACCUAACUGUGUUAUUGGGAAGAAAUACAGCUGAAUACAGAUUUAGUUAUUUAGUCAAAUAUAAAAAUAGAAUGUUUACAGUAAAUCAGGAAUUUGUGUUAUGAAAGUUUUUUUUUUUUUUACAUUUCAUUAUCAAAAUAAUUUUUUUUUUUUAAUUAGGUUUACUGUAAGUGUUUAGUGGCAUUGUUUUAUUGAUCAUUGUACUACUUUGUAAUUACACUAGUUGUAUCCCCUUUGAUGAGCUUCUAACUGAAGAUAGAGAGAUAAAACUCCUUUCCAUAAUGCUAUAAUAUCCUGUGUUAUAAAGCUGCUGUGACAAUGCACAAAACCAAGGUUCUCAAUUUCUCUGUAACCAAGGUUCUCUAUUUCUCUCUGUCUUAAGCCAUCUGCACUAGCGAAUUAAAGAUAAAGCUUGUUCACUGAAGACUAGCACAAAACCAAGGUUCUCAAUUUCUCUGUAACCAAGGUUCUCAAUUUCUCUGUAACCAAGGUUCUCAAUUUCUCUGUAACCAAGGUUCUCAAUUUCUUUCUAUCUUAAGCCGUUCUGCACUAGCAAAUCAAAGAAGAGGCUUAUUCUCUCGUUUUUUUCUUCUUCUGUGUCAUGCUUAUCUCUGUUACAUAGGAUAACAGCAGUUCUAGAAGACAAUAUUUAUUUCAAUGAGAGGGAAUUGAUACAGUUGAUAGGAUGAAAUAAAAAAAAAAGCCCUGACCAUGGCAAUAAUAGCAACAACCGCCUAGCUAGAUAAUGUUGUGUCUUACAUGAUCAUCUAGAUCAGUGUUUCCCAAACCCUGAUGUUCCACGAGGCCUGAGUAAGUGUUCCACGAACUACUGGAAUAAUUAAUUAGUAGACCACCACAUGAAUUAAUCUCUCUAAAAAGAAUUAGCAAAGUGUUCCGUUAACUAAUAAGAGUGUGCAAAGUGUUCCAUUAAGGGAAAAAAGUUUGGGAACCACUGAUCCAUCCAAAAAAGAAUCUAGCCAAUCAUGUAGUGUUCACUACACAUGAGUUUGACCCUCCCUCACCCAUGUCAUACAGUGAAACCAUCCACCCCAACUCCACCCACAUGCCACCACCUUCUCCUCACCAACACCUGUAAUGAGGCAAAGACAAAUAAAAAAAAGCAUCAGGUUGUUGAUUUGACAAAGACUCAAUUAAUUACCUCUCAAAGCAACAACAGAACAAGAUAAAUACACUAUCAUAGACAGUAAGGCGGGCAGCAGAUGAGCUGUAAAUAAGACAUGCUGCCACUCAUGGAGAAUCAUAAAUCAUGGUCUAAUACUUUGUCAUAUUCCAAUAUGAACCCUUCCAAACCAAUUUAUUUAACCAUUUGAGGCUGAGUCAUUUUACAAGGAUUAUUUUUAUUGACUAGUGGGUUGGGGAAAAUAAACAUCUCUUUUUACAUUCUUGCAUUGUUAUUGUUGUUUUUGUAAAUAUUAUUACAUGGUCAUGAAGCUUAAAUUCGUCAUCAUAUGCAGAACUUUGAUUUCAUUAAAAGAAGAGCUCCAUU